UAAUAUUAAAGUUUAUCAAACAGUAUAUAUAUAACGGGAAAACAAUGGCCAACAACAACAAUAAUCUGACCACUCAUGUCCGUAGUCAUCGGUAUCAAUCAAAUGUGGCUAUCGAUAGCUAUUUGGUUAGACAACGGGAAACCGCAGAUCAAAACAACGAUAUAGUGACUGUACGACAGUCGCCGGUAUCGCGCAAAUCAUCGACCAGUUCACUGCCACCGCCGGAAACUGUGGCCAGAAUGGCUGUUAGACAGUCGACUUCGCCGGUCGUCGUCAACCGCAUAGAUGACGAAGUGGACAGCAGUGAUGGACACGAGCGCUGCAUAACACCGGCUCCGGCCAACAACACUGAUCCCAUAAACUGUUGCAUAUGUUUUGCUCCGGUAGUCAACGGUUUUCGGUGCACAACAGUAGCCGAACGUAUGGCUGGACCGCCGUUGGCUGCAGCGGUCAACGAUUACUAUGUGCCCGACUAUCAACAGGUCCACCAUUUUGCCUGCUAUCGGUGCAUAGCACGCAAUAUGGUUGCCCGUAAUCGGCCAGUAGUCAACUGUCCAGUUGGCUGUGUCAACGAAUUCAAUGUCCAGCGUCUGGUGCCGAUGAACCUCAAACAUACAAUGAUGACCGACAAACUGUUUAUCUAUUGCGAAAACAAUUGCGGACUGGGCGGCAGUCCACUGGCUCUGGCCAAUCAUCUGUGUCCGCUGGCACCUGUCGAUGAUAUUGGCCAUACCUACAGAUCAACAGAGUUGCAACGUUUGCACACUGAACUACAAGAGCUAAUCGCUAGCAAACAGUUGGUCGAGCACGAGCUUCGGCACGUGUUACGCAACUAUAACGUCAAACGUAGCGAAAAUCACGCGCUCUAUGCCAACAAUCAGCUGCUUAUGGAUCAAAACAAGAGCCUGUUUGAACAGAUCAACUAUCUCUAUCAACAACUCAGUCAACUGGAGUACCAGAUGCUGGCACUGAGGGCUCAGUCGGACACAAUGAGACAACAGUUUAAUCGCGAAGGCCGGGCCUAUCGAAAGCAUUUGAAACAAUUGGCCAAACAGUCGGAUGUGAGACAACAGGAGCUAAAAGUCAAGAUCGACGAACUUCGCAAACAAAAGUCACGAUUGAUACACGAGUUUCGUUUGGUAUUGAAUAGAGAUAACCCAUUGUUUCCGAUUGAUGUCCAACUGUCGGCCGAUAACCAAAUGGAUAGUUCGGAGGACAGUAGUCCCGAUUGUAGUGUCGAUAUUCAACAAAUAUUUGCCUCUAAUAAUAAUAAUAAUAACCAACAACUUGUGCCAAACACUGCCAAUGAUGAUAUGCUGGUCAACAAUACUGACGGGUUGUCCGACCCGUCAGAACUGCCAUUCCUUGAGUUUCUUCAAACAUUUGCCAAUUAUUUCUAG